AGACGACUCCCAAGUUUCAAACAAGUCUCCCUUUUUAUACAAGCUCAAUAAUUAACGCGUCUUUUCCUCUGCCCGACACCAUUAUCGCGUCCUUUUUUAGGCCUCUGGGGUUGUCCCGUGUCAAAUUCGCGUCAUCAAGGACGUCUUCAGCACGGUCAUUCUCACGAUCGAUUCUCUACCAAUCAUUUGGUGUGUCUCACGUUUCCUUUUCUCUUAGCUGGCCCCGCACUUUAGGAUCGGGUCGAAAUCAUCCAAUCGAUCACCAACAAGUUUGUUUACAUGACAAGAUCCUCCGCAGUGGAGUUCGGGAUUUGUAGCGAGUUUUCAGGGUUCUCAAUUUAGCCUCUAAGCUGCAUCAAGUGGUACCAACCUACCGUUCGGCGAGCCGAGCGAUUGGGUUAGAUAUCGAACUCUACCACGUGUAAUAUGGCACCGCGGUCAGAGCCUGCCUACCCGCUCACGCCAUCUAAAGCACGGCUUAGUGUGAAGGACUUCGAUAUCUGGUUUCUCGAGUUUUCCAAUACAUAUAACCUAAACCUCGAACGGUCUCCCCCAGACCUAUCUCCACAGAAGAAAAGGUCUUUGCCACAUUACUCAGAGCUUAGAUAUUAUGAAAUCCUCAAAGUCCAAUAUUUCAAGGGAACCCAUACGGUAAUUCGAGACUUGUUUGACUGCGGGGCAAAGGAGAUUCACAGCAAGUGGGUGAAGAAGCCUCGUUCUGAGCCUGGCGUUACUCCUUUUCCCACACAGUUGCCCCGGGCCACAACAGGGCCUGAACGGGAUCAGUUGCUCGAGCUUCUUAGCACUAUCUUGGAGGAUGUCUGCUCAACAGACAUAUCCUCGAGCUCUUCGGUCUCAAUUUCUCUUUCUCAUCAAGCCUACGAUGAACCCCCAACCCCCACGAGGAGUCGACGUUCUAAACGUCACUCUGAUGAAUGGCAGGGUAGUCCAACUGCCAAGAGAACUCGGAGUGUUGCCUCGGAAGUUGACACCGAGUGCGACCCUGAUGAUGAAAGACCCCCGAGUGUGCUUUCGGUUCUUGAUAGGGGUCGCGUACACACAGCUAGCCCCAUGCCUAGUGAAGUGCUAAUUCAAGCAUCAAGGUCAAGUCGAAAUAGAGCCACAAAUGACUUAACCAAGUCAGCAAAUACGAGCAGGUCCACAAUCGUUUCUCAAGUUUUCUCAGACCGCGACGAGUAUGAGUAUGGGCUUCCACCGGCUUCUCAGGAUACACAACCUACAGUCGUCGCAAGCAAUCCAGGAAGUAUGAAGCUUCCAGUUUUGCAACCGAUACAAACUAUAGGGUCAGAUUCGGACUCCUUAGCUCCAUCUUCAAGCACCGAGCGCGCCCUUCACAUUUCUUUUAAUAAUCAUGAACAGCUUCAACAAAAUGGAAGGGGCUUUUUCAAGAAUGAACCGUCAACUUAUUCAGACGUCGCCCAAUCAUCAGAGCAGGACAUUACGCAGCCUAAUACUCCUUCCCUACCUCCGACCCCUUUGCCUCCAGCAUCACCGCCACCGGCAUCUCUAUUUGCAAUUCCUCCCACGCUAUCUCCUAUAAAGGAGGUUGUGAGGGUAAAACCAGGCAGCACACCGCCGCCCGCGUCAUAUGAAAGCAGUCGAAACUUUGAAUUGGAGCAGCGACUCUACAAUGUUUGGCCCCAUCUUCCCGCCCAGUACGAUCAGGCCCCAUUUGCAAUUCGCUGGGAAAUUUUGCGAAUCUCUCUCCACUGUGGAAUACAAAUGGAUGAUCUGCGCAUUGCUUAUGAUCCAUCAUGGACCGACCAAAAAACGAUGUGGAGAAGGCUUCAAGCCUUACCUCUAUUCCAAGGCAAGAGUUUUCCCGAAAGAUCCCAACCCAACGCCUGGACCGCCGCUCUCAAUGAUAAGUUUGGUACUACGGAUCAAGUAGUCAUCCUCACAGCUUCUCUCUCCACCAAUACGUCGAAGAAUGGGCCCUUAUUUACGCUUAGGCUCAAUCCUUUGAAACUGGAUCUUUCGCAUCGCCUCAGUCGUAGAUUUGGAUCAGAUCGAUUUCUUGAACUUGUAAUUCCAUCAAUGAAUUCUCAGGAUUUAAAACCUAUUGGAGAUGCUGGCAUAGAAAGUAUCCAACGAUGGCUGGUAAAUGAAUCCCAUGUUCUUCUUGGUCGCGUAUGGACAUCAUUCUUUCUCAAGCCUUCCCUGCCCAAAAAGAUCAGUAGUGAGAAUACGCUCGUGCCACAGACAAAGACGAUUUAUCAAGAAAGAAUAUAUCUGUUUGCCGAAGAUGGUAACGAUUUCCACCGUCUUGGAGCUGGAGACCAUUGGUCGCCAAAGGGUGAACCAGUUGGAAUGCACACCCAGAUGGGACGAGGGAGCCUCAUUGAUUGGCUCUUGCAAGUCCCCAAUAAUCAAAGCCAAUCAGUACUGAAGCUCUUUUCUAGGAUUACAUUAGGUCUCAGCCGUACACACCCCACCGUCAUUGUUCAACCUGAGCAAAUUCGACAUCGACCCGUCGAUGUACUUUCACCUACUGGUAAGGUUAUGAACGACGGCAUUGCUUUAAUGUCACAUGGCCUCGCGCGAGCCGUGAGAGAUUCUAUGGGCCUACCAGACACGCCAGCAGGCUUCCAGGGCCGAUUUGGUAGUGCCAAAGGGUUCUGGAUUCGGGAUGCAACUGACACGAGCGACGAAAUCUGGAUAGAAACCACACCUUCCCAGCGGAAGUGGAACUGCGAUUAUGUUGAAGAUGAUCAUCGCACAUUUGAAGUUCGUAACCCAUCUAGAGAAUUAAAGUCCGCGAACCUAAACCUUCAACUCCUUCCUAUACUCGAGGACAGGGCCAUCAACGGAGCUCUGAUGAAGUCGCAGAUCGGGAAAUUCUUGAGAGACACCCUCAAAAGAGACCUGGAUACUCAGAAGGCCGCCAUGCUGGACCCGAUCCAAUUCAGACUCUGGGUGCAGGAAAAUUCGGGUUCAAUUCGUCGGCAAGAACGUAUAAAGCAUAAUCAAGUCCCAUUUACCGCCGGCCUCCCGACUAGUCGGGAAGACAUAAUGGCUUUUCUCAUGGACAGCGGCUUCGAGCCUACCAAGCUGAAGUUUUUGAGUGACAUGGCUUGGAAAAUGAGGAUGGAUAAGUGCAACGAGCUCAAAGAGCGAUUGAAUGUGAGAGUUGGACGCUCAACAUAUGCCUAUAUGGUUGUCGAUUUCCUCGGGGUUCUGGAAGAAGAUGAGAUUCACCUUGGAUUUUCUUCCAAAUUUGCUGAUGAACACUCCGGCUUUUCUGAAACCUUCCUCCACGGCAUGGACGUCCUCGUUGCCCGCACACCCGCACAUUACCCAAGUGAUAUCCAAAGGGUAAAGGCAGUCUUCAAGCCAGAACUAGGCUCGUUAAAAGAUGUAGUCAUAUUUCCCACCAAGGGCAAUAUACCUCUUGCUGAUAAGCUCUCUGGUGGUGACUAUGACGGAGACAUCGCUUGGGUGUGCUGGGAGCCUACGAUCGUGAACAAUUUUCACAAUGCAGAAAUGCCGGAUGUCCCUGACCUAUUUCAACAGGGCAUAGUACGCAAGGAAAACGUGAGCUAUCUCGAACUAGUGGGAACCAGUGAUAUUACUACAGAGUUCCUAGCAAGGGCAUUCCGGUUCAACAUGCAACAUAACCUCCUCGGCAUGUGCACCAACUAUAAGGAAAGGUUUUGCUAUUCCCAGAACUCGGUUCGGAAUGAUUCCGCGAUCCUCUUGAGCACUCUCAUCAGUCAUUUAGUAGAUAGGGCUAAGCAAGGAGUUGUCUUUACAGACCAAGAUUGGGCGCAACUGCGCAAGACCCUGCGCCGGGUCGACCCGCCAGAUCCUCCAUAUAAAAAGGAAGUGUGGAGUGGUAAGGGCGAGCCUACACAUAUCGUCGAUUAUGUCAAGUUUAAGAUAGGGAACCCUACAGUCGAGACGGAGCUGAGAGCGUUCAACGAGUCCCUCAGCCAUGCUCAGCAUUUCGAUAAAGACCUCAUAGGGUUUUGUCAACAUUACGAGAAAUUCCUGAGACCUCACAAUGAGCGAAAAGAGGCUGUCAAAAAAUCCACCUGGGAGACGGUUUUAGACGAGUUAAGAAAGGAGAUCGACGCCGUAGCUCAGGAAUGGCGCAGUUCCCGCGGCGAGUGGGAAGCCAAACUAGUCCAUAUCUACGACAGAUGGCAGGCGAUAGUUCCCACGAACAAGGUUAAUUCUAAGACCAUGAGAGCAUUCCUUCAAGAAGACCAGGUUAACGCCGGGCUCUCGAACUGGGACUUGUUGAAAGCAUCGUUCUGUUUCAAAAUGUACUACAAAGCAUCCCCGGCAUUUGUGUGGUACAUCAUGGGCAGGCAACUCGCAUACUUGAAAGCUAUACGCAAGGGAGGUAUGCCGGUGCUUAUGAUUCCCAGCAUGUACGCGGGCUCGCGACCCGAUAGCAAAUAUGCCCGCGCUCGAGCUGCAAUGACAGAAGGACGCGAAUUUGCCGAGGGUGAGGCGAUAGACGAGGAGGAAGCGUCGACUAUGCCGGACGACGAAAUCUAGAAGGUUUCCUCGACGAUGGACGACGGGUCUCGUCUAUGGGAUGGUAUUACUCCGAUGGUUCUCUGCGGUUAGUUUCGCAGCAUCUUUGCGAGGAAAUGAUACCCUUGGUUCUCUAUUGGAUCGAUUCAAUGUUGGUAAUUGGCCAAUCUAGGAGGUGGAACUAUUAUGGUGGAUUGGGAUCGACGGGAUAGGGUUUGGGAAGAAUGGUUGGCUAGUACGCAUGUUCUUUGAUAAUGGUUGCGUACAUCGUGGUGGAUACGGGAUGCCAUUGAAGGUCCCCGAAUCUAGACAACUAGACUACUAGACCACUAGAUUGCAUAGGGCUGUAUAUGUUACAUAAAGGACAUACAAUAUAUAUUCAUCAAGACCAA